UUCCUGCCCGCGGGGAGAGGACCUGGGCAGUAGCGAGGAAGGGUCCCCACUCCGCCGUCUCCAUGGCCACGUUGGCCCCUGGACCUGGCCGGUGUCUGCUAGCCCUCGUGGUGCUGCUUCUUGUGGACGUCCCAGGCACCGGGGGCCAGAACUUGGCAUCGGUGUUGGUGGGGAAGACGCUCGUGCUGAAUUGCAUCGUGCCUGCAGAUGCACCAGCAGGGCCGGUGGAGUGGUUCAAGGGCAAGGGCAAGGACCGCCAGCCCAUCUUCAAAGAGACACAGUCAUUGCCCCGGGUCACAAGGGUUGCAGUCAGCUCUCCCACAGACUACUCCAUCCGCAUCAGUGACAUCCGCCCCGAGGACGCCGGCACCUAUUACUGUGUGAAGUUCAGUAGAGGACCGUACAAUGAACUGACGGAGUUCGUCUCUGGACCAGACACGGUGGUGUCUGUGCGUGCUGCAGGUCCAGCCUCUGUUUCGGGGCUGUGGCUCUUGCCCGGCCCCAUGUUCUGGCUCGGGGCUGCCCUGGAGAAGGUGCUGAUGGCUGUCCUGCUCUUCUUGCUCUUCUUCUUCUUGCUGAGAAGGCGCGCAGACAACAGCUAAGGGACCCUCCUCCUCCAUCUCUUCGGCUGCCUCGUGCUCUAGCCCUGUUGUUCCUGCAGCACCUGCCCUGAGCUGGUAGCUGAGCGGCCUGGGGGUAGGUGCCGUGCUGGACCCAGGGGGUGGCUGGUGCUCUGGGAUGCCAGGGCGACGGGAGCAGGGAGCACAGCCCCUCCGCCCCGCCCCACGGCACUGUUUCUGCUGCCUUGGACCCUGGCGAGCUCCAGCCAGGAGCACCAGGA